CUAAUUAAGAAAUUCAGUUAAUAAAUAAAAAUAAAUAAACUGGAAAUAAAGAAAGGGUCAGCCAUAGGGAGGGCGUCCAAAGCUGAACGCCCACCACGCGUAUCCCUUUGCAAUUCCCCCACAUACCCUUAAAACCCUCGCACCUCCACCACACUCUGUUUUUUUUUUUCACACCACACUUCCUUCCCUCAGCCAUGGCCGACAACCGUACUCCCACCGGCGCCGCCGCCGCCUCCACGCUCCUCCAGAGGUUCCAAGACCAUACCCCUCACUCCCCGCACCUCCUCGGGUUCCUGACCCUCUUCAUCACCGCCUCCAUCCUGAUGUUCCUGACGGGUGUUACCCUAACGGCGGGGAUCCUGGCCCUGAUCUUCCUCACCCCUUUCAUCAUCUUCACAUCACCCAUCUGGGUUCCCCUGGCCUUCCUCCUGUUCGCGACGACGGCGGGGGUGUUGUCCCUGGGCGGCAUUGCGCUCGUUUCUGCUGCGGGGUUCUCCUGGGCGUAUAGGUACUUCAAGGGGAUGCACCCGCCAGGAUCGGAGGGGCUGGAGUACGCGAGGAGCCGAAUUUACGACACGGCGAGCCAUGUGAAGGAUUAUGCGCGAGAGUAUGGAGGGUAUUUGCAGAGUAAGGUGAAAGAUGCGGCUCCUGGAGCUUGAGCUUCAUCUUUAUCAUAAUUAAUUGUAGUACCGGGAAUUUCAAUUUCUUAUAUUCUUAUAAUAUUAUAUGCAUUUGUUUUCUUCGUACCACUCCCCCAGAGAUCUCACCCGGCUCAGAUGCUGAACCGGGUUUUGUUAGUUCGGUCGUUCCUUCUUUUUCUUUGCCAAUCAAGUUUUGUGUUUGGGUUUUAUUGGAGAAGAA